GUCGACACGAAAAUAGUGUCGCUGUUUCUCGUGGAAAAUAUAGUUUCCGUUCUUGCUGAACGGUCUGCAAGUUACCGUCGCCGUGGAGGUAUCAACUACGCAAAGGUUACCAUUUUACAUGUCGUGGGGGAAGAAGGAAAAGGAUAGACAGAUUAUCGACAGACGCGAAGAAGAAAAAGGAAGAAAGAAAUGGUGAUGGUGACGGUGGCGGUGGGCCUCCCCUCCACCGUGGUUCGUCGAUGCCGAGACGAAACCAAUAAUAGAAGACCUUACCACUUCCCUCUUUUCCUCUGCCACCAAUUCAAAAUGGCGAUAAUGGAUUCCUGGGAGUUUCUCGGUUACUUGGGGAGACGCUGAAGCCCUGUUGAUUGAUUAAGCUUUGGAAGAAAUGGAAGGGGAGGAGAAGAGUCGAAGCACAAGCGGCGGCAUCACCCUCCGUCUUUUCACCGUCUUCGCCGUCGCCGCCGUCUCCGUCUGGGCGAACCACGAAGCCUCCAAAGGGUUCGACAUCCAUGUGAGCAACGAGAUCGCCGACGCCACGUCCGCUCGGCGGUUCCACAUGUUGUUCGUGGCCGACGACCGCAUCGACCGGAUGGUUCUCUCAUCUAGCCGAGCCGCAGAGCGCCUCCUCUACGGUGAGAACGCUCAAAACAGAAAGAAGGUCGUGAAGCGAGUAAGCAUCACCGUCCGGCUUUCUGCCUCCGACCAGCCGGGGAGUACUGCUUUCUUUGCCGCAGACGCGGGAAACUGCGCAGAGCAAUGCUUUUGUUACACGAUCUAUGUUGGCAGCGGGAUUCUUCGGGAGAAAGAGGACGUGGGGAAGGUCAGAAGGGUGGUGGGGUCGGCUGUGCAGAAAGUCAUGGCCUACGUAUGGCUGUCUGACGGCGACGGCCGAACGCCGGCGGAGUUGCUCGACGGGAUAGCUGAUUAUGUUACCCUCGCAUCGGUGGGAGGGCUUAAGGUCGCGAGAGUACCUACAGGAGAAGGCAAUGGAAGGACGGGAGAGACCAACGUCAGCGGCAGCAGAAGCAGAGAGUGCUGGUUGGCGGAGGAUCCGGGCGAGGUCGCGGCGUUUAUCGGGUAUUGCGAGUGCAUGAGCAGCGGUUUUGUGGCCCGGCUGAACGAGAAGAUGGCGGAAGGAUGGCGGCCGGAGAUGGUGGACGAGGCGUUGGGGACGUCCUCCAUGAGGCUCUGCUCAUCCUUCUCUUCGGCUCUCGCCUUGGCAUCACAGUCUACGUCUGACGCUUGCCCGUCUUGGAGGACGUGGACUCAGUAGCCGGACUAAAUGCAAUUUUAUAUCUCAGUCGAAUUACAACAUGAAGAUGGAUUCAACAACAGGCCUCAGCGAAUUCGAUUUUCAUCUUGAUUAGAUUGAAAGAGUAGCAUAUCAUUAGUUUCAGUUGCAAUUUCGUAACUCUCAAUCUACAAAUCUCGAAGGAGAAUAUCUUGAAUACAACAGAGAACAAAACCGAUUGAUCUCCCACUACGACUAAUGAAAUUUCACUAGUUUGUAUUUCUCAAGUACAAACCGGGUGAAACUUUUUCAUACAGCUUGGCGGAAAGAAAAAAAUGUCUCUAAGAAGAUCUGAGUUUUUUAUGUGAAAAUUUUUCUUGGCGUA